AAUGAUAUGCACACAAUAGAUAUCAUAAUAACAAUAGAUAUCAUAAUAACGAUAUAUGUCCACACAAUUCCUAUCAAUGGGGGAUCUUUUUCAUGUUAAUAUCAUUGAAGAAUACCAUAUUUCUCCACCACCGGAAUCCUUCAUACCUCCUAUCACACUUCCUUUAACUUACUUUGACAUUCCAUGGCUUUUUUACUCUCCAAAUCAAACACUUUUUUUUUACAAAAAAAUACCACCAAAAUUCAUCACCACUUUAAAAAAAUCACUCUCUUUAGCCCUCCAACACUUUUACCCUCUAGCAGGAAAUCUUUUAAUUCCACCCCCUCCAAUUGAACCAUAUAUUGUUUACACUAAUGGAGAUUCUGUUUCUUUCACUAUUGCAAAAACAAACACAAAUAUUGAUAAUCUUUCUGGCAACCAUCCAAGAAAUGUCACCGACCUUUCCUCACUUUUAACCCAACUCCCAUCCCCAUCCAUUAAAAAUGACAAUGAUGACGUCACCUUGUUGGUUCUCCCUCUUCUUGCAAUACAAGUAACUGUUUUUGGUGACGAUUCCGGGUUGUCAAUUGGAGUGACGUCACAGCAUGCAGCGUGUGAUGAACGUACACUUUAUGCUUUCAUGAAGUUAUGGGCUUCAUAUUGUAAGUCUUUGUUAAACAAUGAAUCUUUAGUUGCAUUCAAGAAUAGUCCUUGGUUUGAUAGAAAUGUCAUUUUGGACCCUAAUAAUCUCAAAACAACUUUAUUAAAACAAUGGUGGAACAAAAUGAAUUCUCCCAAAAAUAAUAAUUCCUAUGAAGAAACCGAAAAAGAUAUUGUUCAAUCAACUUUCUAUUUUAGUCCAUUAGACAUUAAGACAAUCAGAGAAUAUGUUGUUGGAAAAUGCAAGAAGUUGAAAGAGGAUCCGCCACUAAAUUUGUCACUCUAUGAGACUGGAGCUUGUUAUACUUGGAUUUGUUUACUUAAGCUUCAAGAAACAAAAAAUAAUAAUAAUCCUGUUUAUUUAGGAUAUAAUGCAUCUGGGAUUAGUAGAUUGAAAUAUGAAAUUCCCUUUAGUUAUUUUGGUUGUUGUAUAGUGUUUGGGAGAUUUGGGGAGUUGGAGAGUGAAUUGUUGGGUGAAAAUGGACUUGUUUGCGCCACGCAAUCGUUCGAAAUAGAGAUUAAUAGGCUUGUAAGGGAUUUUCUUGAAGGUGGGGAGAAUUGGAUUAAGGAUUGGAAUGAGUUGAAUCUUAGGAUAAUUGGUUCACCAAAAGUAGACUUUUAUGGGAUUGAUUUUGGUGUUGGGAAAGCUGAAAAGAUUGAGAAGAUAUCAGGUGAUAAACAUGGUAGAGUUCAUGUCAUGACUAUGAAUGGAGGUAGAGAGAUUAUGGAUGGUGGACUUGAAAUUGGGGUGGUUCUUUCUAAGGACAAAAUGAGUGAAUUUACUACUCUCUUCAACAAUGGGCUAGUGGAACUUGCAAAAAAAUGCUAAUAGAGCCAAUCAAGACUUCAUUCAAAGAAAUUAAAAAAAAAAGAGUGCAUAAUUAAUCAGCUUGUUUCUCUUAAUUAGUUUUCUUUUAAUAAGCCAUUUCAAGUCCUUCUAAGCAUUGUGCUACAAAUCUUUGUAAAUGUAUUAUAUAUGGUCGAUGAAAGGAAUAUUGGCAGGACAUUUAUUCUGAAUUUUAUGCGUGUUGUAACAUUUCUAAAUGUUUAGAGGCUAGUAGUGCCACCACGAGUGGUUUGUGGUAGACUCGUAUUGGAUGAUGGACUCGUAGUCCAUGAUUGAUGCCAUCAACUUGAUGGGCCUUUCGUGAAUGCCAGUAUGCCACUAGGAAUUACUUUGCGUUUU